AAGAUGCACGAGCUCUUAAGCUUGCAUCGGCCGAGAGUUUCCACAGCUAAACCAGGCACGACCCAUUGUGAUCUGGGUCGUGCUGGCUGUGCCACAUUUUAACACCAAGUGUGUAAAGAUGAAAUUUUGAGAAGGGUGGAAUCAAUUUUGUUAGAUGAAUAAAUUGAAUGGUGGUCGAUAUGAAAAGCUCCCGCAGUAAAAGGAUUAUUUAACCCAGUCAAUACCGUGUUUUCAAAGCAAAAGUAGAAAUCAACAAAUCUUUUAACGACCACAAUAAUAAUUUCAAAUAAUUAUGGAACACAAAAUUCUUUUAAUUCCAUUUUUCAAGAAUAAUUUCUCAUAUAAUUCUCAAAAGGAUUCCAUUUCAGUAACUCGAUUCCAACUUCCCAAUCUCUCUCUCUCUCUCUCUCUCUAUCAAAAUCUCAUUAUUUCUCUCUUUCCAGCUUAAUUUUCUGCUCCAAUGGCUGAUUCUUCAUCACCAACAGUUUUACCAAUGACAAAAUUACCAGAAAGGACACUGAAAAGGAGCAUAUUUUCAUCUUCUCCUACAUUCAGGACCCGACCGCUAUUAGCUUCUGCUUUCAUGUUCUUUUUUGUCGGAUGCACCAUUUUUUACAUAUCCAAUAAUUCUUCCAUUAAUCAUUCCUCGAAGAAUUUAUUGAGUAACAGGUCCCAGUUUUCGUCUGUAUCUAACUAUUUCUUCUUCCAUCAGAGCACGCUAUACAAUCCUGAUAUCCAGGGGUCGGAUCCUGUUUCUCAAAACGGGACAUUGAUGAAAACAGAUCAGUUGGUGAAUGAGGUUGAUGAUCAUGGGGUAGAAAGGGCUGGAGAGGAGAAUGUGAGAUUGAACAGUACAGAUUUUGAAUCAAAGGUAGAGGUGAAUGAGAGUUGGGUGAAAACGAUGAGUAAAUGUGAUAUUUUUUAUGGGAAAUGGGUUAGGGAGGAUUUGAAUCCUUCAUAUAAACCAGGUUCAUGUCCUUAUAUUGAUGAACCUUUCAACUGUUAUCUCAAUGGAAGGCCUGAUAAUGGCUUUGAGAAGUAUACAUGGCGGCCGAAUCAUUGCAGCAUCCCAAGGUUGAGUGGUAGAAACAUGUUGGAAUUAUUGAGAGGGAAGCGUUUAGUGUACGUGGGUGAUUCCUUGAAUAGGAACAUGUGGGAAUCCAUGGUUUGUCUUCUCUGGAAUUCAGUAGAGGAUAAGAGCAAAGUCUUUGAAGCCUCUGGUAAAUACGAAUUCAAGAAAGAAGGCGCCUACUCCUUUGUAUUCUCUGAUUAUAAUUGUUCUGUGGAGUUCAUUCGAUCUCCAUUCUUGGUUCAAGAAUGGGAAAUGCCGGACAACAAUGGAACAAAGAAGGAAACCCUUAGACUUGAUCUGGUUGAGAGGUCAUGCGACAAAUACAAAGAUGCAGAUGUUCUUGUCUUUAACACGGGACACUGGUGGACACAUGAGAAAACAUCUGAAGGCAAAGGAUACUAUCAGGAAGGAAACCAUGUUUACGGAAAAUUGGAUGUAACGGAAGCAUUUCAUAAAGCAAUGACAACGUGGGCAAGAUGGAUUGAAUCCAACAUAAAUCCUAGAAAGACACACGUUUUCUUUAGAGGUUACUCAGUCUCUCAUUUCAGUGGUGGAGAAUGGUAUUCGGGUGGAAAAUGUGAUAGUGAUACAGAGCCAAUAACAAAUGAAGAAGAGCUAAUGCCUGUUUUUCCUCCAAUUCCGGAUACGUUGGAGGAUGUCCUGAAGGGGAUGAAACAAACUGUGUUCUAUUUGAACAUUACAAGAAUGACUGAUUUUCGCCGGGAUGCACACCCCUCAAUAUACAGGCAGGCGAACAUGACAGAAGAGAAGAAGCAAGAGUUCAUCAGGCACCAAGAUUGUAGCCAUUGGUGCCUUCCUGGUGUUCCGGAUACAUGGAACGAGAUCAUGUUUUCUCAGUUACUGUUGAGACAUAAACAAAAACAACUGCAGCAGAAAGUACAAAACACAACAGCUUCAUUGGCAAAUUAACAACACAGAGAUUCAUGCAUGAAUAUCUGCUAACAACUUCGUCGCACAAACACGUGUGUAAUUCUACUUUCUCUAGACGGGAAUGUUUUUUUUUCCUUUUUUUCUUUUGGAUGGUUUGUAACCAUGAAAAAGAAAAUUUAACUCGAGGUAUAGUAUUUUAGCUGUAGUUGAAAGUAAAAAGGGUGUGUGGUUUUCAUGGGAUCGAGCCAAUGUAUAAUAAUAUGAUUUAUGCUGUG